GAGAGAGAGGGAGAGUUGUGUUGGUAAACGGAGUCUCUCCCAUCCCAGCCAAAUUCCCGUUCUCAGUCUGAGUGAAGAAGUGAUUGAGGAGGGUAGUGUGUCCGCACUGCAGCUCCUUAUCUUGGUGACGCGUGCGACAAUAUUUUUCCCUCGAUGUUUGUGGUGUGCUCAAAAUUGGGAAUAAUGUAGAGGGCCAUUGCUUGUGUUUACUCAAGACGUCAUUGCAUUUUGUAGCCCCCCACAGGCUAUUUGCAAAAUAUUAUUCGUGGCCGUUGAAAUAGGAGGUUUUAAUAAAACAGCGAAGCCUAAGUUGAUAGGCCGAGAAUUGUUUAUAGGCUCUCCUGUGGCACCUUCGGUCGGGCGCGUUUCGGGAUGAAGGCUCAUCAUUGAUAAUUUUCAGCAGGGAUUAAGUCGAGGCUGACAGGUGAAGAUGGACUUUAUAAUCCAGAAGGUGAACGGCAUCGACGUGAGCGGCCUAAGUCACUCGGAUGCCGUGCAGGUGUUUCAGGAUGCCCAGGAACCCAUCAUGGUGCAGGUGUUAAGGCGCCCGCAGAACACCUCAUCAUCAGCCUCCUCCUCGUCGACUACGACCACGACCACGACCACCUCCACCUCCACCUCGACGGAGGGCGUCCUCCAUCCUCCCGCAGCUGCUGCUGCUGCUGUUUCUGCUGCUACAGCAGGAGCGUCAGCGAGUGCCCCUACCGCUCCUCCUCCUCCCCCUCCUCCUCCCCCUCCUCCGUCCCAGGCCGCCGGUGCUUCUUGCGCCUCCUCCUCCUCCUCCAUCCCCUCCUCCUCGAAGCCGGAGCAGGAGGAUGAGAGGAGGAAGGCGGCGAGAGGAGCCGAGAAGGAAUCCGCAGAGGGCGUCGAAGGGACCACCGAGGAGGCGGCGGCCGCUUCCUGUAUGUGCAAUGGCGUCACGACGGGAACCCAAACAGAGCAGAUCUCCCUGAUGGGCGUAGGAAAAUGGGAAGUGGCCGCCUCCGAGUGGAUGGGCGGGAUGGGCGGGGGGAGCGACUCGGAUUCCGGAGAGGGGGACUACGUCUUCCCAGGGGACCUGCCCCAGUCUCUGUCACAGUACCUCGAACACGAAAUAGAUAUAGAGGAAAUAGUGCUUGAGCGGACGUCCCCAGAGGAGAAACUAGGCCUAACGCUGUACUACAGCACCGCCCCAGCCCCUCCGCCGACCCACAUGGCGGACCAAGACGAAGGCCUGGACGUAGCCGAGGACGAGGGCGUCUGUGGGGAGGACUACAAGGGCGUGGUGACCGAGGUGCUGGUCUCGCAGAUCGAGCAAGGGACUGUCGCUAGUAGGGAUGGAAGACUCAGGAUAGGGGAUCAAAUUCUUCAGAUCAAUGGUGUAGAACUGACGACGAAAGCUCAAACUGAAGAACUUUUUGCUGGCUGUGGUACAAAAGUUAGUCUUCUGGUAUCCCGGACCCAGUAUUAUGAUGAGGAUGACCUCGUAGAAGGUGAGGUUUUAGAAGAUGUCGUGGAAGAAGAUGAAGAUGUGGAACUUCUUGAUGCUAAUUCAGAGUUCCAUACCAGUAGAGAUGUUUUUUCCUAUUCCUCCAGAUCUCCCGCAUUAUCCAUGCAGAGUAGCAGUAGUAUCAUCAAGAAGCCCAUUUUAGAAGAGGCACAAGAGACCACAAGAUCUUCAUCACCAUCCUCAUCUUCAUCCUGUGAAAGGAAACCAGCAAAGAAGUGCUCGUCAGCAUCAUCAACUUCCUCCAAGGGUUCUCAAGGGAAAAGUAGCAGCAUUUGCUGUUCAACGAUAGACAGAGAGAUGCAUGCUCUUGAUGCUCAAAUGGCUGAUCUGGCCCACCAGUGUGAGCAGUUGGAGGCUAACCACAAGAGUGACCAAAGAGUUCAGGAAACACACCAGAAGCAGACAUACCAAAAACAGCAGCAGAGAGGAGUUGAAAAGGGUUCCUUCUGCAGGCCGCCUGCAAAAACACCACUGCCUGUGGGUUCUGAAUCUGACCAUAUAUAUGAGUCCAUUCCAGAUGUUGUGGAAUCCGACGAACCCAUCUACUGUGUGCCAUAUGAGCCUGGUCGGACGUCUCGUCGUAGUCAGCAACCUUCCCCAUCGACAGUCUCGCCCUCAAAACGUCAUCACCAAAAGAUGCCCACACAUCAACCUCAACUCCAGCACUUAAGUAGUAGUCGUAAUACCCGAGGUAGUGGGACGAGUAGUAGCAGUACUGGUAGUAUCAGAGAGCAUCACUUAGAAGAGAAGCAGCAGUCAGUGGAGAAGUGGGUGAAAGAAAAUCCUCAGCCAUGUUCUCCUUCAUCAAAUAAGUCCUCACCUCCUGUUAGUAAUUCUGUGAAACGUCCUGAUGUGCCCCAGGAGGAAAGGGACUCAUCCUCUGCCUAUAACACAGGGGACUCAACGGGAAGUAAUCAUAGACCAGCAUUAGAACUUAGUUUGGUACAGGAUCCAAAACUUAGGCAGUCCACCCUUACACUUUGUCCUCCAACUCAUGAUCAAUCACUCCAAGUAAGUCUAGAAUCUGACACAUACUCCGCCAUAUCAUGUGAUAGUUGUCGCAGGUGUAUGCGACUACCUCCAAUCCAUGCAGCUCAUGCUUUUAGAGCAAGUGGUCAUAGCCCAGAAACAAGUCAUCACAAUAGUUCAAGUAAUCAUAAGGCCAGCCAACCAGACUGUGAAAGUCACCGUAACUAUGUUACCUUUUUACCUGCUCAAACAAUGUACACAAAUGCUGCCAACUUGCAGCAAACAAUAUGGUUACAACAGCAGUUAUUUAGACAAGCAUUGCACAAAGGAAGCAACACUGCACCCACAACACCAACAGGACCAACCUCGGGUCUUCCACCGAAAGUGCCACCCAAACCCUCUUCUGAUCAGCCUGUGAAGAUGGAAUGGAAGGUGAAAAUAAGGGCCGAUGGUACUCGUUAUAUAACUCGUCGCCCUGUCAGAAGCAAAAUGCUAAAGGAAAGGGCAUUGAGAAUCAACGAAGAAAGAGCUGGUCUCACCACAGAUGAUGAUGCCAUGUCAGAAAUGAAGUUGGGUCGUUACUGGAGUCGAGAGGAGCGUAAACGUCACUUGGAAAAAGAGCGCGAGCGGAGGCGGCGUCACGAGUUGCUCAGACGCCAACAUCAGCAACAAGUUCCACACACUGGGGAGGAACCUCCUCCAGCACUUAGGACUUGCACACUGGAGAAUGGUGUCCAUCAAGCCCUUUGGAGGGAUCACUCUAUGAGAAGGAAGACUUCUACAGCAGAAAGUAGCCACAGAAAAAAUUCAUCUCUCUCUUCUCGGAAGAGAGAUGAUGAAGCUCAUCAUGGGAUGAGGAACCCUGCUCACCCCGCCAAUCCCCCUCUCCCUCAUCAAGCAAACCAGCAGAUAGCAAAAGGCCUCCUUUCAGUCACCACAGUCUGAAAUGACUGAUAAACUUGCUCUUAGCAGACCUCUAAUAAAAGACUAAACACUAUCUCAUAGAUGCGACUCCCACCAUUGUCAGCCCACUGCCGCACAGUGAUUAUCAUUGAUCAUAAUCAUUGUUGACAUAUGUGAUUUAAUCCGUUUGACGCUAGUAUGACGUGGUUGCGAGUAUCUGCUUUUGUAAUUCUUCCAUAUCAUGUCUGUAGCCAGUGUUUCACAAUUAGUCUCAAGGUUUAUGUUUGUAUCAAUGAACUACAGUGUAUCGUAAAAAAUAUUCAAUAUUUUUUUAUUAUAAAAUCUUUAAGAUUAAUUUCACGUCUUGAUGCAGUUAUGGAGCUCGGUUUGCUUUUUGUUAAUUUGAAAUACAAGAAUGAAUGGUUAUCAAUUCUCUUUGAACUUAUUUACCAAAGAUGUAAAUGUGAUUGUAUUAUAUAUGUAUAUAUUUAUGUAUAUGUAGUAUAUGCGUGUACAUAUAUAUAAUUACAUAGAUAUGUACAUAUAAAGAAAUUUGCAAUAAGUAUGAUUUACCAUUAAUCACAUAAGUAGUGAAUUAGCACAAUUUUGGCAUGUGUAAUUUUCACAUAAACAUUAUUGGAAGUGAUAAAAAUGCUUUCAGUUGCAUGCGCAAGUGAAACAUCACAUAUAUCUUAUUGCAUAUUUUUAUAGCCAAGAAAUAUCUUUGUGCAUUUAUGCCAAAUGAACAACAUAACUCGAUUGAUUUCUGCACUGUUCUACGACCACAGAACAGUCUAUUUCCGUGAAUAAUCAGCUUUGCACCAGCGGUGUCUCGAGUGACGCAGGGCAAUCAUUAAUAUCUGUGAAUCAUCCUCUCACACCUACGGUGUCUCAAGUGCAUCACGUUUGCUGGAAACGCCACCGACAGCGAUUGGAUAUUAUUAUGUAGAUGUUGUGCAUAUUUGUAUAGACUGCUCAUCAGACUCGUCCAUUACUUUUAUACACUUUUGUGAAUGUCACAAUCUCUCAUCGUUGCUAUGAUAACUCUUAGUCAGCUGCCAGCCAAAAUCAAAAUUGAACAUUUUUAUGAGUGAUAUGAUUUAUUUCCUAUAAUUUUGUGGGCUUUAGAAAUCCAAACUACAUGUAUGCAAGAUUGAAACAUAAACUCGGAUAUGUCCACUUGUACAAAUCCCAAAAAAUACCCCUAGUCUUCUUGCUCUUUUUUCCUUUUUUUUAUUUCAUUCUUAAUUUUAACAAUUGUGUUCCCGUAUUGAUGUAAAUUUGUGUAUAGAGAUAUAAAUGCUUUAUAUUGAAUAUGGCUAUUCAAAAUAUGUUAUGCUUUAAAAUAAAAAAAAAAAUAUGUA